AUUAACUAUUAUUUAUAAAACAGUAUGGAUAUGCACCGAAAGGAUCCUCUUUGAUCAUGUACUGCCACAAGCGCUACCUUCAUUGCCAGUUUUCUGUCCAAACUGAUUGGCCUGGGGGCAUCUACGCAUCACCAAAUCUUGGAGGUAGUCGAGCAGGUGGACUUAUUGCAGCUUGUUGGGCAUCACUCUUGUUCUUUGGAAAAGAAGGCUACACUAGUAAAACAAAACAAAUCAUUUCAACAGCAAGGUUUCUUAAUGAAAGACUGAAAGAAAUUCCUGGCAUAUUUAUUUAUGGUAAACCUCUAAUGAGUGUUGUGGCGAUUGGCUCCAAAGAGUUUAACAUAUAUCGUCUGACCAGUGCCUUGACCAAGAAGGGAUGGAGUCUCAAUAUGCUGCAGUUUCCUAAAGGUUUUCACAUCUGUGUCACAAUGCUGCACACCCUGAACGGAGUAGCCGAACAAUUUAUUGAUGAUGUUCGUCAGUGUACAAAAGAAAUAAUGCAGGACCCUAAGGCUGUUGCUACUGGCACUGCUGCUGUUUAUGGAAUGUCGCAAAGUAUACCCGACCGCUCUUUGGUAUCGGAAGUAGGAUGGAUUUUCCUGGAUACUUGCUACAGUACUGAUGUAACCAAUGGCAAAAUCUCUUCUUAAAUGUUGAAUUUUAAACUUAUCGUGGACAGGGACAUAAAUAUUGUUAAUUGGUGAAAUAUCAAACAUUUAAUGAAAGAUUGCUUAUUUUUUAAGUUGUGAUCUCUGUAAUUUCUAGCUCCUUAUUUUUGUCAGAUUUUAUAACAAAUUAACUUAUAUUGUUGUGCUAAAUUAUCAUUGCAUAUUAUUUACAUUAUAAAUUUAGUUCGUCAUUCUAGUCAGUCUUUAAAUGUUUCACACACACAAUACCAUUUAAAGAGUAUUUAGAAACUUGUUUUUUGACAGAUACUGUAAUUUCAAUGCAGUGCAGUUAAAUUUAUAUACCAUUCUUUAUGUAUUACUCUGUGCAAUGGCACAGUCUUGUUUGACAUUUUAUCAUGAACAAAUUUUACUCCCAAAUACCAGUCAAGAACAAAAAGCCAAAUGUUUCGAGUAGGUUGAGGAUCAGUAUGAAUUUUAAAAUACUUGCAUACGUUACUUUAUCUAAGAGUGAACAGUUGCAAGAUAUUUAAGUUUUAAUCAGUUACUUGGUAAUAACUUUAAAGUAAAUAAGGAGUUUGUGGUUGAUAAAGUUUUUAUGAUUUCUGGACAAAUGAAACUUCUAACUCGAUCAAUAAAAAGUGAAAAUCUGUGCUCAA